AUGCAUGCAUGCACAAAAAGCAAUUUAUUGUGAACAACUAUCGAUAGAAUCCAUGAACCUCUAUAAAAGACUACCUUACUGUGCUGUUUGAAACACGCACAAUCUGCAGGUUGGAGAAGGAGCUUUAUUUAUAUUGAGGCCGUCUGCAUAUUGUAAUAUUGAAGAACAGGCUACAGUAUCCAAAAAGAAUGGGCGAUCUGGAUGAAAUUCGUAAAGUGUAUGAGAUGUUGGAUGAAAAUGGAGAUGGAGUGGUGAGCGUGGGUGAAGUAUGUGGAUUCAUGAAAAAGCUCGGAAUAUCAAUGUCGGAAGAUGAUGUGAAAUCUUUAGUGGUGAAGAAAGCUGUUGAAGAGGAUUGUUGCAGUCUUCGAUUUGAGGAAUUUGUUGAGCUUUAUCGAUCCAUUCUCAACAAGCAUGAAGAUGGUGAAGAAAAAGACGAGUCCAAGGAUUUGAUGGAGGCGUUUAGGGUUUUUGAUGAGAACAAAGAUGGGUACAUUUCUUGUAACGAGCUUCAGAAGGUGCUGUUUACAAUGGGAUUGAUUCCGCAGGGGCAAGAUGCGCAAAACUGCCAGAAAAUGAUAAGCAGAUUUGAUUCAGACGGCAAUGGAGUUUUGGAUUUCUCCGAAUUCAAAAAAAUGAUGUCCUCUAAGAAGCCUUCUCCGUGAGGAAAGGUUGUUCAUUCUUGUCAGUUUUUAUGGUUACUGAAUAUGGUCACUGUAUUUUUUAUGGUAAAACGGUGCAUUUUGUAUGAGAAGUCACAUGUUUUUUUUUAUAUUCACUAUAGUGGAAUCUGGAGACAUGUUUGAAUGUUUGAGAAGAGUAAAUAUCAAUGGGAAAACCAGUCCCUUAAUAACCAAAAUAAAUACCAUUGUUAUAUUUCUUUUUUUUUUUUUUGUGAAGGAAAGAAUACUUUUCCUUAGAUUCUAGGGUAAAAUAGUAAGAUGUAUGGAUCUGAUUAAUUUAAUGGGUAUAUUUAAGUGUAUAUGUUUUUCAAAAUUAAAUGUUUGAAGUGUCGAAUUAAAUCUAAUAAA